AGUAGCUAGGAUUAUAGGCAUGAGCUAUAGGCUUAUUCAUUUCUGACUAUCAGGUGAUCCUUCAUUCAAAUAUUUUCUCUUGCAUGUAGGAAUUCCACUAUACCAGUGUCAAUGUCAGGAAAUGUUAGCCAACAGCGUUGCAGCCCACAAACCAAUUCCUUAAGGACUUUGAUGAUGGGGCAGAAGAAGAAGGAAACCACUCCUACUCCUAAUCCCCCACCUACAGAAGAGGAGAAAACAGAAUCUAAUCAGGAGGUUGCUAACCCAGAACACUAUAUUAAACAUCCUCUACAGAACAGAUGGGCACUGUGGUUUUUUAAAAAUGAUAAAAGCAAAACUUGGCAAGCAAACCUUCGACUGAUCUCUAAGUUUGAUACUGUUGAAGAUUUUUGGGCUCUGUACAACCAUAUCCAGUUGUCCAGUAAUUUAAUGCCUGGAUGUGACUACUCACUUUUUAAGGAUGGUAUUGAGCCUAUGUGGGAAGAUGAGAAAAAUAAACGGGGAGGACGAUGGCUAAUUACAUUGACCAAACAGCAGAGACGAAGUGACCUCGAUCGCUUUUGGCUAGAGACACUGCUGUGCCUUAUUGGAGAAUCUUUCGAUGACUACAGUGAUGAUGUUUGUGGAGCUGUUGUUAACGUUAGAGCUAAAGGCGAUAAGAUAGCAAUAUGGACUACUGAAUGUGAAAACAGAGAGGCUGUUACACACAUAGGGAGGGUAUACAAGGAAAGGUUAGGACUUCCUCCAAAGAUAGUGAUUGGUUAUCAGUCCCAUGCAGACACAGCUACUAAGAGCGGCUCCACCACUAAAAAUAGGUUUGUUGUUUAAGAAGACACCUUCUGAGUGUUCUCAUAGGAGACUGCGUCAAGCAAUCGAGAUUGGGAGCUGAACCAAAGCCUCAUCAAAGCAGAGUGGACUGCAUUUAAAUUUGAUUCCAUCUAAAUGUUACUAAGAUAUAAGAGAAGUCUCAUUCGCCUUUGUCUUGUACUUCUGUGUUCAUUUUUUUAAAACUUUUGCUAGAGUGUCCACUAUAUCAAUCAAAGAAUUAUAGUACACAUCAUCCCCAGAAUCUAUAAAUGUGUUCCUGGCUCACUCUGUAAAAGCCUAGUAGAAUUACCAUUACAAACACAUUUGCCCAUCCACAAUACUCAAAAAGAACUUGCAUUUCUAUACCUUACUAGGAAAAAAUCUGUUUAUGUUCCAUUUUAUGCAGGAGCAUAUUUUGCUGGUUUGAAAGAAUAUGAUGCAUACAGUUUUCUAGCGAUUUUCUUUGUUUCUUUUUACAGCAGUAUCUUUGCUGUACUCUUGCUGAUGGCUGCUAGAUUUUAAUUUAUUUGUUUCCCUACUUGAUAACAUUAGUGAUUCUGAUUUCAGUUUUUCAUUUGUUUUGCUUUUGUUUUUUCUCAUGUAACAUUGGUGAAGGAUCCAGGAAUAUGACACAAAGGUGGAAUAAACAUUAAUUUUGUGCAUUCUUUGGUAACUUUUUUGUUUUUUGUAACUACAAAGCUUUGCUUCAAGUUUAUGCAUUUUAUUCAAAUCAGUGAUCUAUGUUUAUGUGAUUUCCUAAACAUAAUUGUGGAUUCUAAAAAAUGUAACAUCAUAAUUACAUUCCUAACUAGAAUUAGUAUGUCUGUUUUUGUACCUUUAUGCUGUAUUUUAACACUUUGUAUUACUUAGGUUAUUUUGCUUUGGUUAAAAAUGGCUCAAGUAGAGAAGCGGUCCCAUUCUUACUAAGACAGUGUACAAAACUGUAAAUAAAAUGUGUACAGUCAAUUGUCUUUUA